AUGGCGAGACCUAAUCAAGAAGCAAUCGACACAUUUAUCAGCAUCGCAGGCGUCCCCGAAGAUGUAGCGGUUCAAAAAAUCGAGGAGCAUGGUGGUGAUCUCAAUGCGGCCAUCAAUGCCCAUUUCAGUGAAGGAGACAGAAGCGCGUUAGUCCUUUCUGCCAUUUUGUCAUCCUUUGUCGGGCCACAACCUUCCAUUCCUGCUCCUCAAGAUGAUCUCAUGGAUAUAGAUGACGAUCCAAUUGAAGUUGCACCACCUCCUAGGAGAAAUCCUCUAUCACUUCUAGCUGAGAGUGGCGCUAUGAAUCCAUUCUCACUUCUCGAUCCACAUUUUCGAAGAGGUCCAUUUGAUACUGGUUCUGAUUUAAUGAACCAGGCACCAUUUGUUUCUCAACCAAGAGAGGUGAGGGAGAUACCUAUAGAGGUCAAGGAUGGUAGUGAUGCAUCGGGUCAUUCUGGUAAUGCUCCUGUUAUUGAAGAUGUAACUGGAACUGAACAGGCACAAGGUCCUGAUAUUCGGGGAACUGUCACAGUUGAGGAUGAAGACGAUGAUGAUAUUUCAACUAACUUGAAUGCACGGGCUUCCCAACAGGACAGUUCUCGUGAGGGGCAUUUUAGACCUAGUGCUCCUGAAUUUGAUAACUUGCCUGACUAUAGCAAUGACAUAGAAGAAGAAAUGGUUCGGGCUGCCAUUGAGGCUUCAAAAAGAGAGGUUAAGGAGCCAACUGAAUCUGGACCUAAGCAAAGUCAGUCUCAUGUGGAGGAUGCUCAACUUGAACAUGUGGUUUCGUUAUCCUUAAAGACAGCAGAGCAAGAGAAAGCUUUUCGUGAGCAGAGGGGAAAAGUUGAACCGUCAGAAGGAGGAGGUAAUAAUCUUGAGGCAGAGCAAGGGAAACUAGCUGCAUCAAAUGGCAGGCAGGAGGCAGGAAGCUCAUCCAUCCAAGAUGGAGCAGAAGAUGCGGAAGAGCAGCCUCUCAUUAGGCAUAGAUCGAGACAAACAUCAUCUGGGUCUAUGGAAUCUGCUAAAGAAGUUGUCGCUGUUGAAGCCAGCCCGCCAUCAAGUCCUGGACAUAUUAAUAUAGGAAGUCAUCCCCUGCACAAUGGAGAUCCCUUUUCUGAUGAGUGGGGAGGCAUCUCUUCUGAGGAGCAUGAUGAAGCAGUCAUGCUUGAGGCUGCCAUGUUUGGUGGAAUUCCUGAAAGGACUGGAUAUCGCUUUCCAUAUACACCUCCCCAGUUCAUGCAAAAUGAGAAUAAUUAUCCUCGGCCAGUUCCUCGUCCUCCGUCACCCUCUCUACAAGCUCAGCGCUUGAUCCGCGAACAACAGGACGAUGAGUAUCUUGCGUCAUUGGCAGCUGACAGAGAAAAGGAGAUGAAGGCUCUGGAGGAAGCUGAAGCUCGUCGUUUAGCAGAAGAAGAGGCUAGGAAAGCUGCUCUUGAAGAAGAAAGGCAAAAAGAGGAAGAAUCUCGUAGAAAACUGGAGGAAGAGCAGGAGUUUGAGAGACUUUUGGCGGCAAAAGAAGCUUCUCUGCCUCAUGAACCUGCAUCUGAUGAUGAUAAUGCUGUAACGCUUUUGGUGAGGAUGCCUAAUGGCAGCCGGCGUGGCCGCCGAUUUCUCAAGUCUGACAACUUACAGGCUCUCUUCGAUUUCAUAGAUAUUGGCAGAGUGGCCAAGCCUGGCACUUACAGAUUGGUGAGGCCAUACCCAAGGCGUGCUUUCAGUGAUGGAGAGAGUGCACUGACUCUCAAUGAACUUGGCCUGACCAGCAAACAGGAAGCAUUGUUUCUAGAGUCGAUCUAA